AUAUUAGUUCUUAGUUCAUAGUUAAACACUCACUGGAUUCUACUUUCUACCACUUGACAGCUUUAAUGGGGUUUACACAUCUAUCUCUUUUGGCUCUAUUUUGUUUGGUUUUCUUAGGAAUCAAUGGAUAUAAGUCAGAAGAAGAAUAUUUGAAAUCUAUUUGGCCAGACACUCCUAUUCCUAGACCUCUUUUAGAUCUUCUUCAGCCUGAUAGCAAAACCAGUGUGCCUAUUAGAGACCACGAAAAAAAUCAAUAUUGGACUGUCUUUUUUGAACAUGACCUAUAUCCGGGAAAAAAGUUGAGUUUGGGCAUCCAUAAACAUUCAAAGACACAUAUGUCUGUCGAAAAUACAAAUCAACCUUUUGGAAUCAACACAUGGUGGGAUAAAAAAUCAAGUCAAGCUUUUGAAACUCAUAUUCCGACUAACAAAGCAAUUGAAGAGGAAAUUAGAAAACCAAUUGAAACUUUUGGAAUUCUUAUAUGGACCGGUAAACCAAGUCAAGAUAGUGAGAGUCGUACAGAAAUUGAUAAAAUAAAAGAAGAUAUUGAAAAACCAGACCAACAUUUUGCUACUCGCAAAUGGAUUGAUAAAGCAAAUGCUAAAAAAACUGAAAGAUUAAUUCAAACUUCUACGGUACCCCUGUGGACCGAAGAAGAGAUGCGCACUUUUCAUGACUAUUGUGGCAACCCUUCACCAAUAGGGGAAGAUAAAUAUUGUGCACCAUCCUUAGAAUCAAUGAUGAAUUAUGUCAUUUCAAAACUUGGAAAAAAUAUUAAAGCUAUGUCAAGUUCCUUUUCUCAAAGUCAAGACGAAUAUGUGGUUGAGGAAGUAAAGAAAAUAGGCGACAAAACAGUUAUGUGCCAUAGAUUGAAUUUUAAAAAGGUGGCAUUCUAUUGCCACCAAAUCAAUGCGACAACAACUUAUAUGGUCCCAUUAGUGGCUUCAGAUGGAACUAAAUCUAAUGCGUUAACUAUUUGUCAUCAUGAUACAAGAGGAAUGGAUCCAGAUAUCCUUUAUCAAAUUCUUCAGAUAAAAUCGGGAACUGUCCCCGUAUGUCAUUUUAUUGGAAAUAAGGCUAUUGCAUGGGUACCAAACGAAGAUGUAACUGCAUCUAAUGACCAUUCUUGUGUCAUCUAGAACAUAUUUGUAAAUUUAUUAGCCUCUUAUGUUGUUAUUUCUUUUGAAGUGUAAUAUACACGGAAAAAUACUCUGAAAAAAUAUUAUAUACUAUAUAUUGAGUAUUAUCCAUGUAUUCAUGUAAAACUAGUUAAAAAAUUUGUUAGUACUAUUAGUUUGUUAUUAACUAUGACAAUAUGAAUUGCCAGUAUGUUGUACUUUUUAUUGGAUAAUAUGAAUUGCGAGUAAGUUUCUUUUGUUUGGUUGGA